AUGUCGACAACAACUACUACUAUUACCACGAGCGGAGGAGGAGACAGUAUCUUUUCCCCGCUCACGCUCGUGACGCCAGACUCUCCCGCUGAAGCGCUGAAAGACAUACCCGCGCUGGAGAUCUGUCCUACGGGCGACAUCAUCAUAUCCCUCACACCCGAGGCCGCCGCACCCGCAAAACCGCCCACAGACUCCAAAGCUGCACCUGCACCUGCACCUGCACCCGCUAGCGAUGCCGGCACUACCACAAAACCCAAGCCGUUGCGCUUUCGUGUGUCGUCGUCGGUGCUGUGCGCUGCAUCUCCGGUCUUCAAUGCCAUGCUCGGCCCCAACAGCAGUUUCGCGGAAGCCGUUUCGUUGCGUACAGCGGCGAGGGCGCCGGCCACCUCACCAAUCAAGCCGUCGGCGCCUCUCGUACAGCAUGUGCAGCCGCUCUAUGACGACAAUGGCACGGCGCUCGCCGUGAUUCUGUAUGCGUUGCACCUACAGACGCACAAGGUGCCGCGCACGGUGACGUUUCCACAACUGAAGCAGCUGGCGGUGGUGUGUGACAAGUACGAUUGUGUGGGGGCGGUGCGACUGUGGGCGGAGACGUGGAUGCAGCCGUUUCGGGGCGACGUGACGACGGUGGGGUACGAGGACUGGCUGUUCAUCGCAUGGGUGUUUAGUAGUCGCAAGUUCUUUGAGCGGGUCAGCAAAAGUCUUGUGCCGAGGGUUGUGGUGGACGAGGAUGAGACGGGUAGGAGGGUGGUGAGCUGGGCGGCGCACAAAGGGCGGGGUAGGGACAGGUUGAGGCAGUUUGAUUCGUAUGUGCCGGAGGUGAUUCUGAAUGCGCUGUUGAAGCAGCGGAACACCAUCGUGAAGGAGAUUGUAACGCUGUGCUCGUCCACAUUCACAAAGUACGCAUCCGGAGCAAUCCCGCUGUGCAAACACACACCCAAAGACCCCCGGUGCGACACAUACCUUCUGGGCGCGCUGUAUAAGGCUUUUGCGGGCGUUGGGAUGUUGGGCUUCGACAUGAAGACGGUGGACACCUACUCGAUCGAGGAGCUGGUGGAUGCGGUGAGGGGAAUCCGCAUCAAGCACCUGGAUUAUGACGGGUGGGGUGAGAUAACAGUGGCGGAGGAGGAGGACAACGGUGAAAAUAUUCCUCCUCCGUUGGAUGAUAUUGAGCAGCCGCCGCCGCCUCCGCCACCAGUAGUAGACGCGGGCGCGGAUGUGGUGGCGGAUGUGGUGGCAGAUGCGGGAGCGGACGCUAAUGCGGAAGCUAAUGCCAACGCUAAUGCCGACGCUAAUGUGAACGCAGAUCCGGCGGCGGAUGCGAAUGCGGAGGCUAACGCCGACGCCAGCGUGAACGCGGAUGUGGCGGCUGAUGCUAAUGCUGAUAAUGCUAAUGCCGAGCCUAACGAUGUCAAUGCUGUUGUAGCUACAGAUGCUGUUGUAGCUGCAGAUGCAGUUGGAGAUGUGAAUGCCGAACCAAAUGCUGAUGCAAAUACGGUCAAUGCGGAUGCUGUUGUAGCGGCAGACACAGUGGUCAAUGAUAACGCUGAGCUGCCAAACACCGAUCCUAAUGCUGCCGUCGUGGAUGCAAAUUCAAAUGCUGAACCAAACACCGACGCAAAUGCCAACACAGAUGUUGCGGUAGAUGCAGUCGUAGAAGUCACCGCUGAUGUCGUUGUGGAUGCCAAUCGCAAUGCUGAAGUAAACGGAGAUGCUGCGGUGCCAGUUGCGAAUGUUGAGCCAGUUGCAGAUGCUGAACCAGUUGCAGACACUGAACCAGUUGCAAAUGCUGAGCCAAAUACCGAUGCCAACGCCGACGUUAAUGCUGAAGCAAAUGGCGAUGCCAAUGCAAAUAACACUGCCAACGCAGAUGCGGUUGUGGCUGAAAAUGCUGAAAAUGCAAAUGCGGAUGCGGAGGUCAAUGUCGACGUAAACGUCAACGCUGAUGCAAACAACGCGGAUGCUAAUGCUAACGCCGACGCAAACCUUGAUGCCGAUGCCGUAGCCAAUGCAAACGCCGACGCAAACCCCGAUGCCGAUGCCGUAGCCAACGACAUCGCCAUCGCCGCAGCCGCCACGCAAGAAGAAGCCGAAGAAGCCGAAGUCCCUGUCCCGCCCGCCGACCCCGUGCCAGACGCCGAGACCCCUACACCCCCGCCCGCAGAAGAGCCCAAACCAAAGAUGGGCCACAUCCGGCACGAGCACAGCAGCACGUGCAACCCUAUGAAGCAGCUCAUCGAGUGUAUCCAGGAGGAGGCUGAAAAGGUUGAGGAGCUGAAUCUGAGCCAGUUCCGCGGCUGGAAGCGGAAGAAGAUCGAGAAGGAAGGUGGCAGUUGGGCGAAACUGACAGAAGAGCUUCAGGUCGCUAUGGUGGGGGUGUAG